AAAUUACUGAUUGAGCGAUUACUAAGAAAAUGGCACAGAGCAUGGAGAUCAUUGAAUUGAUGUCAGAUGAAGAAGAGACUGUAAAGAAAACGAAAUCUAAAGUGUGCAAUAGUAAUUGUGUUAAUUUUAAAUGUAGUUCUGGAGUUGAUAUGAGAUUGGCACCUUCUUUUGCAUGCGCAUUCUAUGGCGUUUCGCUUGAGAAGAAGAAAAAAAAGCGUAUAAUAUGUAAAGAAUGUUUUGAUGCUGCAUUAAAACAUCAGAGGCAAUUGGUAACAGCCUUUACACAGAAUAAAUCACUAUUAGAUUGUCAUUUUCCGGAUCAUACAAUGGAAGUAGAAAUUUCUGACAGUGAUGAAUCUGAUGAUGAGAAAAAGGAGCCAGAUAGUAAUGAAUAUAUUCCAGAAGAUGUAAUUUUAGACAUUAAAGAUAAAUUGGAUGACACAUUGUCAUAUCUCUUCAAAAAGUAUAAUGUACACCAGCAUACGAAAGUUGCAUGUGAAACCUUGAGCAAGAGAUGGCGAAAUAUAUGUGCGGCAAAUGAUUCUCUCAAUACCGAGAUACGGGAAGUGAUGUGCAACAUGGAUAAAUUGCGCAACAAUCUAUACGACGAUUUUAGACCGCCAAUUGAAAUGCUCGAAGAGUUGCAAAUAAAUGACGGAGUCAUAGGAAACGCUCUUGUGGCAACUAAGAAGGUAACUCAGAUGCGUGUUCCGCUUUCCUCAGUACAACAAGAAAAUCAGCUGGAGGUUUUAGCGAUUGAACCGUCGGGUACUAAAAGUACACGAAUUCCUAAUUUACCGCCAACUGGUCCACUUGUGAAACGAUCUCCACAUGCGGAUGAUAUUGUUUAUGUCAUGAAAACACCUUUUAUGCCAUGGAUUAAAGCUAAGGUCCAAAGUAUAGUCUCGUCAAAUCCAUGGGCUGUACGUGUAAAAUUAAUUCAGAAGAAGUAUAACGCAGCGAUUAAAACUCUUUCUGGUAAACUGAUAGCGUUAGCCGAACAGAGUAAAGUUCUAAUCCCAGUAGGAACACGAGUUGUAGCAAUAUUUCAUGAUGUCACUUCUAGUAAUUAUUACAGUGGAAUAAUCGCUGAGACACCAAAAUCAAUAAAUAAAUAUAGGUAUCUAGUUUUUGAUGAUGGUUAUGCUCAAUAUGUUACUCAUAAUGACAUCUUCUUGGUUUUGGAGACGUCGUCACGUAUAUGGGAAGACAUUCCCAUUGAAUCACGAGAGUUUGUAAAGAAAUACUUGGAGUCGUAUCCCGAAAGGCCGAUGGUAAAGUUACAACCGGGCCAAAUGGUUAAAACUGAAUGGAAGGGUAAAUGGUGGCUCGCGAGAGUUGUGCUAGUUGACGCGAGUUUAGUGCAAAUGCAUUUUGAUGCCGAUGGGAGAACCGAGUGGAUUUAUCGUGGAUCGACUAGAUUAGGUCCUUUAUACAUCGAAGUAAUGAAAGCCAAUGCAAGACAACUUCAACAGUCCGGCAAUGUGCAUACUCGACAUCGUAUUCCUGCCACAUCUAAUAAAAGUAAUUUACCUUACGUCGAAUAUACAUCCAACGUGGAAGAAGAAGUAAUGCAAAAUACGGUGCAAGUAUCAGAGAAAGCAACAGUUGCUACAAGUGCGUCUAGUACACCAUCCACUACAGCACAACAACCGCGUGCAGUAGCUAGAAAGAGUACGGCUAAAAGGCAGAAUAAUGUAGAUUCUACAACAUACAAUUCCACAGUGGAAACAAAACCGUCACAUAGUAUUGUUUUUUAUCAUACGCAACGAGAAUACGAGCCGAAGAAGUAUGUUGUUCAUAAAUGUGGGCCAAAAUGUAUUAAGGGCAUCAAGGUUUCGCAAGACGAUCUCAAAGGGCUCUCUCCACUUUCUGUUCCUCUGUUAUGCGGCUGGCAUCGUCAGCUUUGCAAAUUUUCCAAAGGCAAGAAAGUUAUCUUGUAUCAAACACCAUGUGGUGUCAGGUUGCGAAGUAUGGAAGAGCUACAUCGUUAUCUGCGCGUUACUAAUAGCACAUUGUCCGUUGAUUUAUUUGAUUUUGAUUAUUGGGUGCGCGCCGUUGCCGAUUUCGUCGUGGAGAAGUGCUUUAUUAACAUCAAGGAUCUUAGUUAUGGUGUGGAAAAUGUACCAAUACCAUGCGUGAACGAUUUGGAUCAUACUCAACCGGAUACCAUAAGAUAUACCACACGUCGAGAGCCAACGGAAGGUGUCAAUCUAAAUCUAGAUCCUGCAUUCUUGUGCAGUUGCGAUUGUGAGGAUGAUUGUCAGGAUAAAACGAAAUGUCAAUGCUGGCAGUUGACAAUACAAGGGGCAACUCUGGGAGGGAAAAUGCCGAACACUGCCGUCGGUUAUAUUUACAAACGCUUGCCCGAACCGGUGACCACAGGAAUCUACGAGUGCAACUCGGGUUGCAAGUGUUCUGUGAAGACAUGUCUCAAUAGAGUCGUGCAGCAUCCUCUCAGAUUGAAAUUGCAAGUAUUUAAAACGGGACCACGUGGUUGGGGCAUAAGGUGCCUCAAUGAUAUUCCCCAUGGCGCUUUUAUUUGUAUUUAUGCAGGGAGAUUGCUCACUGAACAAGGCGCGAAUGAAGGAGGUAAAAAUUAUGGCGAUGAAUAUUUAGCAGAAUUAGAUUACGUGGAGGUAGUAGAAGGUUUCAAGGAGGGUUACGAAAGUGAUGUUCUCGAAUCGGAAAUGCCAAUGUCACCAGCAGAAAUUACUGCUAAGAAGAAAGUUGCCAGUGUGAGUGAUGAGGACGAAGAAAAUACGAAGGAAACUGUCAAUGACUCGGAUGAAGAUUUCAAUAUUGACAGCUAUGUAGCUUGUAAUAAAGAUCUGGAGUUGGAAACAACCGCGGAAUCAUCAUCUAUCAGGAAACGUUUAAGGAAACGGAAAAGAGAAGAAAUGGACAAUCAACCCGAUGUAUCUGAAGACAACAGCGAGGACGAAAGUGUUACGAGAGGUUCGGAGAAUACAAAAUCAUCUAGCGAAAAUCGUAUAACGGAUCAAGACACGAUCAAUAUCAGUGAUGAUGAAGAUAGUAGAAACGACGUGAGAAGAGAGCCAAGUAGAUUCGAGCCUAGUGUAGAACCUAAACAAAUAGAGAGAUCUACGUUCAAAUCCGUGAGAGAUUAUUUUGGCGAAGAUGAAGCUGUUUACAUCAUGGAUGCCAAAACGACUGGGAACAUUGGCCGAUAUUUAAACCACUCCUGUGAUCCAAAUGUGUUUGUGCAAAAUGUGUUCGUCGAUACGCAUGACGUGCGUUUUCCAUGGGUAGCGUUUUUCGCAUUACAGUACAUAAAAGCUGGACAAGAACUUACGUGGAAUUAUAGUUACGAUGUAGGAAGUAUACCGGGUAAAGUGAUCAUUUGCAAGUGUGGUGCAGCUAAUUGUAGAGGCCGUCUUUUAUAAAUUGACGUGCAUCUUACAACAAUAAAUUUAAUUUUUUA